AUGGAAAAAGUUUGGGAUCCUCAUCUUCAGAGAAUGAUGGAUAAUACAAGUGGUGAUGCAGCUGAUAGUGAAAAUAAUCAUGAAGAUGGUAGAAAUCAAUCAUUUUCUACAAACUUCUUUGCAAGUAAAGACUCUCAACCGCUACCUCCAGAAGCAGGAUUCAGCUUUGGUCCAUCUCCGAUGCGGAGUAGACAGAAUCUAUCUGGUUUAGUACAUGGCCAGGAUAACAGUGCGCGGGGUCCACACGACAACGUUAAGUUUGAUCGUUCAUCUGGAUAUUUGAUGGCUCCAAGUUUCGAACCACCUGCUUCUACUGGUUUCACUUUUGGUCCGGCACCAAGGCAGUUUGGACAGAAGAUGACUCCUCCUAUUCAGAAUACAAAUGUGCCAGCUCCAUUUAACAUUCCAAGACAUGAUUCACUUCCGGGUUACUUGAGUCGGCCUCCGUUCGAGCCAUCCCAAUCUAUGCAAACACUCCACUCAUAUCCUACCAAUAGCAAUGGUAGCAGCCAAGGCCGCUUAUCUCUUCCUAGCUUCUCUUCUCAUAUGCAAGCAGACUCGAACUCCUCUCGUGAAGGAAAGGAUUCUAGAGUAUUGACGAGUGGAGAUAAUUACUUCAAACAGCAGAUAUUGCAGGAUAUUGAAUUGAAAACCAAACCCAGAAAUAGCCAAACAUAUCCUUCAAAAUCCGGCACUGGUCAAACAUCGAGUCCUCUCACACAGCUUGCCAAUAAUAUGAUUUCGCAGACGUCCAUGCCGUUGCAGAGGCCUGUUGGACCUAGUCCUCCAGGACAGAACAUUUUUCACAUGCAGGCAGUAAGGCCUCAACAAUCUCAGUUUCAUAAUCAACAUUUUACUCCACCAUUUUCUCGAGCAAUGAAUUUGGGUAUGAUCCAAUUAUUCCUCUUCUUUGAUACAUGAACUAUGUAAGCUAACCAUUUUAGAUUCAUUCUCACGUAAUCCUCUUGAACGCCCGAAUGUGUCUACAAACUCUUCUCCUCAAGAUCUGUCGAGUCCUAGUGCUAGAGUUAGCUCACGUCGAAACUCAAAUCGUCGGUUACCUUCAACAAAUACACGAGAAGUACAACAGGGCUUUGGACAGAUUACCCCACAUACACCUCAACAUCAGAUCUCAUCCAGUGACAGAUAUGCUCUAUCUUCAAGAGCUUCUCAAGUACAAGGCGUAAACCGCAGCGCGGAGCACUCCGGUUUCUCUCCUGGGCAGCAAACCUCUUCUGGUAGUGCUGGAAAACUCAGAAAUGAUCGGCAGACUAUUGCCUUUGGGAAUGCACCACCAGUGGCACAUGGGAUCCAGCUUGUUUCUCCCCAUGAACUCCCUGAUCGGUUUAGACAGGUCUUCCCAUAUGAACUUUUCAAUGCUGUACAGUCGAAGUGUUUCGCACCGAUUUACAAGACCAAUAAUAAUAUCGUUGUGUCAGCCCCAACUGGAAGUGGCAAGACUGCUCUCAUGGAACUAGCUAUCUGCAAACUGGUUGAAAGCUAUGGUUCUGGGCAAUUCAAGAUUGUUUAUCAAGCACCCAUCAAAUCUCUUUGUUCAGAACGUAUGAAGGAUUGGACUAAGAAGUUUAGUCAUUUGAAUUUACCUGUUGCGGAACUUACUGGUGAUACGAGGUUAGUAAAUUGAUUCUCCCAGAUGCAUUCUUUUUGGUACAAUCAUCACCUAAUGUCAUGUCUUUCCCCCUCCCCCUGCUCCAUUUUCCGUCAACUUGAAUUCAACCGUGUAUCCUGAGAGUUUAAUUUCCUGGAGAGUCAAUUACUAACCUACCACCUUUAGCAAUGCUGAAAUGAGCCGAGUAGGCAGUGCAUCAAUUAUCAUUACCACGCCCGAAAAAUGGGACAGCAUUACUAGGAAGUGGACAGAUUAUCAAAAGCUAUUACAAUUGGUGAAGUUGUUUUUGAUAGAUGAGGUUCAUAUUCUUAAGGAUGCGAGAGGAGCUACUCUUGAGGCUGUGGUCUCUCGGAUGCAUUCAAUUGGAGCCAAUGUCCGGUUUGUGGCUUUGAGUGCCACUGUUCCAAAUUCGUACGUAAUUGUGCUCUGUGACACUCAUUAGAUACUAACAUAUUUACUUCAGGCAUGAUAUUGCCACUUGGCUCGGGAGAGACUCAUGUAGUCGUCAAUUGCCCGCUCAUCGAGAAACUUUUAGUGAAGAAUUUCGACCUGUCAAGCUACAAAAGCAUGUUCAUGGGUACGAGAGUCGUGCAAAUGAUUUUGCUUUCGAAAAGAUUCUUGAUGGCAAAAUUCCUGCUUUGAUUCAGAAGUACUCAUGCAAGAAGCCUAUUAUGGUUUUCUGUUUUACAAGGAAAUCGUGUGAGGGUACUGCGGCUAUUCUUGCAGAACAUUGGACUAGACAGAGAGAUGUUGACCGUGCUUGGCCAGCUCCAAACAAUCGAACAGUAGUAGGAAAUAAAGAUCUACAAGAAUUGGUGGGAUGUGGCGUCGCUUAUCAUCAUGCAGGUCUUGAUUCUCAAGAUAGAUCUGCUAUUGAAACAGCAUAUCUGAAGGGAGAUAUCAGUGUAAUUUGUUGCACCUCGACGCUUGCGGUUGGAGUCAAUCUACCCUGUCAGCUCGUGGUUCUAAAGGGUACAGUCUGCUUUCAAGAUAGUGGUCUUGUUGAGUAUUCCGACCUUGAGGUUAUGCAAAUGCUAGGACGUGGAGGAAGACCUCAAUUCGAUGACAGUGCCACCGCAAUCAUCAUGACGCGAGCAGACAACGCCGAUCGGUAUAAGAAGAUGAUCUCGGGUCAGGAUGUUUUGGAGAGCACAUUACAUUUGAAUCUCAUUGAGCAUCUGAACUCAGAAAUCGGACUACGUACCAUCAAGACCGCCUACGAAGCCAAAGUAUGGUUAGGAGGAACUUUCUUGAGUGUUAGGAUGAGACAGAAUCCUAAUUAUUAUAAGUUUUCUGGGAUAGCUCCUAGCAGGGAUGCUGAUGAGCAGCUCGAGUUGGUCUGCGAGAGAGACAUUAAGCUUCUUCAAGAUUAUAAACUCGUCACAAAGGAGGAAAUUUUUUCCUGUACAGAAUAUGGUGCUGCUAUGAGCCGAUAUAUGGUUCAAUUUGAGACGAUGAAGUUACUCUUGAGUAUUCCUCGUCAUUCAAAGACAGAACAGAUCUUGAGUGCCAUAUGUCAAGCAGCCGAAUUUAAGGAUCUUCGAAUGAAACCAAAUGAGCGAUCCAGUCUUCGGGAAUUCAACAAAUCACCUAUGAUAAAGUUUCCCAUCAAGGACAACAUAUCAACAACAGCGCAUAAAAUCUUUCUCAUGAUUCAAGUUCAGCUAGGUGGGAUUGAAUCUUUGGCGAAUAAUGACUUUCGCAUCAUCAGUCGGCAAUUUAAUAUGGAGACUAAUAUUAUACUGGAUCGAGUUCAACGUUUGAUUAGAUGUGUUAUUGAUUGUAAGGCGUUUGAUUGCGAUUCAAUCUCUACACGUUUUGCCCUUGAUCUUUCUAGGAGUGUCGCGGCUGGCUUUUGGGAGCACUCAUCUUUACAAUUGAGACAAGUUCCACAAAUUGGACCAGCAUCAUUGCGAAAGUUGGCUGGCAAUAAUGUCAAUUCGGUGGAAAAACUUGCUGGACUUGAUACAGCAGGAAUUGAGAGAGUCAUGAGCAAGAACCCUCCAUUUGGGAAGAAAAUGAAGGACAAUUUGAUGGACUUUCCUCGAUUGACUCUCACAGCCCAGAUUUUAGGGAGAGCCCUUUCGAAAGCAGGGGGGCAGCCGAAGGUUAAAGUCAAUGCCGUUCUUGGAUAUGCGAAUGACAAAGUACCAAACUGGUUGAACAGGAUACCAUCCUUGACAUUUAUAACAGAAAUAUCGAGUGGAACCUUGGUACACUUCUGGCGUGGAAAUAUCAAACGAUUGUUGAAUGGCAAUACACAACAAUUCACUGUCGAGCUAUCAUCACCAGACGAUGAGAUCAAAUGUUGGCUCGCAUGCGAUGAGAUUGUUGGUACUCUGCAAUCUUGCGUUUUAAAUCACGAUAUUCCUGCGGCUGAAUUCCCUCCUCCAAAAGCUGUGGUAGAAGAGCAACCCAUCAUCAAUAACUCAAGAAUGGAGCAAUUGGCUACAUCUGACGAAUUUGACGAUGGGAUUGACGAUGAUGCUAUGCUCGCAGCAGCUGAGCAAGUUGAGGGUGGACGUCGAGUCUCUAGUGAUUAUGGAUCUGAUGCCUUUAUUGACAUCGAUACAAUCGAUUUAGUCAGUUCUGACAAUAACAAGAGAUCAAGAGAAGAGGUCGAUCAGGUAGAACCAGUUAAGAUGGAUAAUGGAAAGUGGGCAUGUAAUCAUCAUUGCCGUGACGGGAAUACAUUGAAGAACGGCCUACUUUGCAAGCAUAGGUGUUGUAGAGAGGGGCUUGAUAAACCUAGGAAAGUUACCAGGAAGAAGUCCACGACCAGCAGUACCGAAGAUCAAGGUUUGAAAUCUGGUAAUAAGAUCAAAGGAGCUGUGACCAAGCCUAUGAACACUCAAUCAUCUGGUAGUAGCAAGCAACUCCCGAAAUUGGCCAAGAAACCUCGAAUUAUGCCGUCAGGUGCUUCAGGUCCCGAUCAAUACGAUGUUGAAAUAAUUGAUCUUUCAGAGACCUUACCUCCAAUAAAAUAUCCUGAUGUGGCACCUAAAGAUUAUCAAAAAUUACAUAAAUUGCAUACAAGUAUUCAAAAAGACAUAUCUGUUCGACUUCCGAAAAAUCUACCAAAGUUCUCAUAUGCCAGUGGAGCGAUGUCCAAUCUUUCUUUCAUGAGUAAAGGUGCCUCUACGUUCGAGAAGAAAAAUGAAUCAGAUCUGUUUGAUUCUGAUGAGUACGAAUUUCCUUCACCUUCUACUCUUUUAAAAGGUGAUAUGCAUAUGGAUAAGAGUAUCUCUAUUCCAGCCACUCAGUUACCACCUCCAGCUAUGGGUGUGUCUAGAUAUGAGAGAAAGGAUCAACAGGAUUCUUCAGAAGAUCUAUUUGAUGAUUCAACUGAUAGUCUCGAAGCCGCAAUGAUAGGUCUAGACGAUUCCAUGAACCUUCGACCCGCUACACCCAAACUCAAUACGAGCUUCGCCAAUAAUGUAUUUGACUUUGCGGCAUUUGAUUCCGAGGAAGCGUAUGCUCAACAAUUCUCUAGUCCAUUAAUGAAUCAGGUACAGAAAAGAAAUACUCAGGAGGAAGAGGAGGUUGAUAAUGAUGAUAUGGAUAUUGUCAUGCAAUCGACGAAGCGCCAGCAAUCUAGUCCAUGGAUGAAAGGCUUUCACAGUGGGAAUAUGAUGAGUUAUGAUCAUGAAAACGGAGAUAAGCAUAGUUAUGAUGAUAGUCCAGCUUUGCCACAGAUGAAGAGAAGAAGAGUUGAUGAUGGAGAUGAUGAGAGUGGAGAUGGUGGUGUCCAGAGCACAAUGAAGAGUUUGGAGGACAUGAAAUCUACCAGUGGAAGUAGUGCUCCAGUAUGGGGUAAUGAGAUGGAAUCUGAUAUUAUAGAUGAUGAGGAGAAUGAAGGUAAUAAGAAGAGAGAAAAGCAGAAGUUUGGUAUAAAGGUCAAUGAUCGCCCUGAACCUGCUUGGGUCGGUGAGAUGGAUCCGGAUUUUAUCAGUAUGUUUAGAGGAUAUGUUGAUUUCAUUGAUUGAUGGUUUGAGUUGUUAUUGAGGAUGAGGAUGAGGAUGAGCGAAAGUUUGUGGUGGGAUGAUGGAAGAUAUGAGAUGAGUAGCUAGAAGGAAGAUAAGAAAAGGUGAAUAGCUAGAUGGGUAUAUUUUGGGAGGAGUAUAUGGAUGGAAUUAUGGCGGGAUUAUAUGGCUGGGCGAAUAACGAAGAUGAUCAAAGCUAACAAGCUUGCACGACAUUUAUGGAAACAAUUUUGUACCACCAUAUUAAUCAGAGAGAUAGAUAAUUAGAGCUACAUUGGCUGAAGACUUAUUUUUAGCGUAAUAUAUAUUAUUAGAACUUGCAGAUAUAAUAAAUUACUAUUAUUAUCUUCAUUAUCAAUUGAUAUAUAUCCAAUAUAAACCACAAAUCACAAGCUACAAGUAAAAAUAAAAACAUAAAUACUCUGUAAGACUAGGUAGGUAAUGAAAUCAAACUAUAAUACCCAACAAAUCCCUCUCGGAGGAGGUUUCUUCGAAUUGGAGGUAUGAUUUGGAUUAGAUUUAUUAAUAUCCUUGUUAUUUUUAAGCUCUGGAUAUUUAAUAAAGCAUUUUGCCUCCAAAUGACCCUUUUUACAACAAUGACUACAAUAAGGGGUUUUAUUUUUAUUUUUAAAACUA